UUGUUGCUAAAUGACGGUAGCACAGCGCGCUAGUCGGCAGCAUUAAACCUACACAAGAGGGCGAAUUCACUUGCUUCUGAAAGGUUUUCAGACUUGGAUCCAAGGUCCUGUGCCAUUUGUCUUGAGUUCAUCAUUUACGACUAUGAUGGCAGCAUCUCUGCUUUAGAGUUUAAUCUUAUUUAAGACAUUUGAUGUGGAUGGACUAAGUGUUGGAUUGGGACUAGGAUUAGGAUCAGGACCAUCUCCAAAGCUCAUUGUGAAAACAAGAAGUGAUCUUAAAGUCCCCAGGUGCCCCCAUUCUGUGUCAGCAGUGCCACUCAAAUCAACCACCAUGUCAGAUGGCCGGAUCUAUGUGGGGAACCUGCCCGUGGAUGUCCAAGAGAGAGAUAUCGAGGAUCUCUUCUACAAAUAUGGAAAAAUCCGCGAUAUUGAAUUGAAGAACAAUAGAGGCACUAUCCCUUUUGCCUUCGUCCGAUUCGAAGACCCACGGGAUGCGGAUGAUGCUGUCUAUGGAAGGAAUGGAUAUGGGUAUGGAGACUCCAAACUGCGUGUUGAGUAUCCUCGCUCUACUGGUGCUAAAUUUGGUCCCAUGGGAGGAGGAGGAGGAGGAGAAGAUGGUGGUGGUGGUGGAGGAGGAAGAGGAGGAGGAGCAGGAGGAGGAGCACCUAGGGGAAGGUUUGGACCCCCAACUCGAAGAUCUGAAUUCCGCGUCAUAGUGACUGGGUUACCACCAAGUGGGAGUUGGCAGGAUCUGAAGGAUCACAUGCGCGAGGCAGGCGAUGUUUGUUUUGCUGAUGUGCAGCGAGACGGAGAGGGGGUCGUGGAGUUUCUCCGCAGGGAGGACAUGGAGUAUGCUCUACGCAGACUGGAUCGGACCGAGUUCCGUUCACAUCAAGGUGAAACUACUUACAUCCGUGUCUUUGAGGAGAGGGGGGAGAGAGGAGAGAGGGCGGAGCGAGGAGAGAGGGGGGAGAGGGGCACUCCCAACUGGAGUCGCUCCCGUUCCCGCUCCAGAUCCAGAGGCCGCUAUUCAUCCCCCUACAACAACCGAGGAUCUCCUCCUCCACGCUACCAGUCGCCUCCACGCCACGCCAUGGCGCGCCAUAGUCCACCCCCCCGGAGGCACCCUCCACAGCACCAUAGCCCACCACCACGUCAUUAUCGGUAGAAAGACCCACCAUUUACCAAGGAAUUGGGGAAAGUGUUUUGUAAUUCUUUUAAUUUUAAUUUUGUUUACUCCAGUCCUCCUCAUAGGAUUCCCCAAUGUUACCUCUUGCUACAAACAUUCCACAGUCAGGAUCCCCUGAACAUCAUGCUCCUUCCCACAGCCUUAAAAUACAUUUUCCCAUUUAUUUUAAAAGCAAUCCUAUGUUUUGUGGAAGCAGGAUUUAUUUUUCCCCCGACUUGGUGAGAUAAGAGGUAAUUGUAUAACAUUGGAAGUUUCUGAUGGUGAGACUGUCAGGAACCACGGCGAAGAAGAAAUGUUGUGUCAUCCAAAACAAAUUGCACAGUUCUGCAGCUAUCAUUCUAAAGUUUGUAUUGUUUUCUUAAAACUCGUUUUGUGUGUGUGACAAUUCUGCAGCUUGAAUUUUAACGUUUUUUUUUGCCAAACUACAAACCUGUGAAGCUGAUCAAUAUCCUCCUCAGUUCACCUGUUGGACCAGUGACACGUUAACUGUGAGCCUCACUUGUCAGUUUCUUUUUUUUUAAAUGAAGUGUGAACCGCUGACUGAGGUGGACUUAAAUUUGUAUCCAUCUCAGAUGGUUUUUUUCUUUACCAAUAAAAUGCAAACUUUUACUGUGA